AUGGAAACUGUUAAUGAGCAUGAGCCAUUAUUCUUAAAUGAUGGCGAUGAUUAUUCUAGUGAUGAACCUGACCCAUUUCUUUUAUUAUCUGUGGCAAGACCUCCUCCUCAGAAACCUAAAUACAUUAUAUUACUAUUUUUAAUUUCAAUAUUUGAUUUGAUUAUAAUGCUUACAUGCACCAUUACCUCAACUUAUAUCGAUAAUAAAAUCCAUUGGGAUCUCCUUAGUCUAGGGAUUUUUAGAAUAAUUGUGGCACUUGCUAUAUUUUCAUUCGUUGGGAUCAAAGGAUUGGGGUGGAUUCUUGGAUGUUCAUGUGUGUUAUCAUCAUUAUAUAUCAUAUUUCAAUCAAAUUUAAUAAUUCAACAUAAACAUCCGAUAGAAAGUCAUUAUAUUUUAAUUCUUGUUUCAUCUUUUAUAUUCUCUCAAUUAUAUUGGAUUAGUUAUAUAAUUAUUAAUGUAAAUAAUCGUAAUAAUUCUUCAUUCUUAAGAAAUAGUAAUAUAUUUUUUGAAGAAGAACAAAGAAAUAUGAUAAAUGAAGAUUUAGGUAGUCCUAUGAAUACAUUUAGAAAUUCUUCAACUAAUACAAAUUCAAGAAAUUAUGGUUCAAUUUUUAAUAAUAGUAAUGAUAUUAAUUCAUUUAUUGAUGAUGGUGGAAUAACUAAUUCAACUAUUAAAUAUAUUGCAUCAAGACAAGGUUAUAAUACUAUAAGAAUUUCAAAUACAAAUAUUAUAAAUAGAGAUUUUUCUUUUUCUACUGUUUCAUUACCAAUUCCGAUAGUUGCUUCUACUACAAGUUCGGUUGGAAGUGCAAGAUCUUUAAAACGUAGUAAAAAAAAGAAAUUUCAAGAAGAGUUAUCUUCGAAAAAGUAUAAGAAUAAUGAUAUUUCUGAAGAGAAUUUUGAUAAUGAUAUUUCUGAAGAGAAUUUUGAUAAUGAAACAUUUAAUUAUCAAUUUCUUGAUGAGAAAAUUAAAAGAAAUGAUUCUGUUCAUCGUCGAGGUGUAUAUUUUAAACCACCUCAUGAAGAUAUUUUGGAAGUUUCUUCAUCUGAUGAUAAUGGUGAUUCCGAAAAUGAUUUAGAUAAUUCAAUAUCUUUUAAUAAUGAACUACCAGCUGAUGGUCGUGUUCGUCAUAAAAAAUUUGUAAAAUAUCCUAGCGAAAUGGUUGGUAAUGGUAAAUGGUCUACUUUGAAAAGGAAGAAAGUUGAUUUGGAAAGCAUUCAUUCUAAAGAUGAACUUGAAAAUGAAACUAAGAAUUUUCCUUUAAAUAAUAAUGAAAUCAUACUUGAUGUUGAACAAAGUAAUGAUUCUUCUAAAUUUGAUGUAAUGAUCCCUAUUAGUAGCUCGAUGCCUAUCAUGUCACCACGUACAAGUUUGUUAACAAUGGCUUUCAACUCUGAAUCACCAACUGCUCAAGCUACAAAGGUGGAUCCGUAUUCAGAUAAUUCAUCGCAUACACUUACAAAUGAUGAUAAAAAUAUAUCGUUGUCAGAAGCAAAUUCAGAAUCUACAUUAUCAAAAAAUCCUAUAAUUAUUGAAACCAAUUUACCUUCAAUAAAUCGCAAUUCUUUUACACCAAAAUUUUCAUCUCCAUUAGCGAUUCGUGCGCCAAUUAUAGCGUCAACUGAUGAUGAUUUAAAUCAAAAUUUUAAACAAGAUGAUAAUAUUGAAGAAUUUACAAAUUUAAAAUCUGUUCAAAAUUUUCAUGAUGAACAAAAAGUAAUUAAUAUUCAACCCGUUUAUAAUCAACAAAUUUCUUCUGAGAUUACGGACUCAUUAUUACCUCCAAUUGAAGAAGAAAUAUCCAAAUCUAACCAGAAUACAAUGCGUUCUAUCACAAAAAAUGUUGUUAUUGAUCCAUCUAUUCAUAUAAAACCCGCACAUUCGCGUGAAGCUUCAAAUUCUUUGCAAAUGCUAUUUACCAAUACUCCUGUUGGAUUAGACGAUGAAAAUUUAUUAGAAAAAACUAAAGUUAUAGAUCAAAAAAGUAGUAAUGAUUCUCAAAGUGAUGUUAAUAAGGAUGUUAAUGUUAAUAAGGAUGAUAAUAAGAGAGAAACUAUUUUAUCUGAAAAAUAUAGUUUAGCUAUAAAGAAAAGUUGGAAUAAUGAAUUUGUUGAGGCAGAAGAAAUAUUGAUGAGAUAUAAGGAUGGGAUUCCAAGAUGGUGUGUUGCUUUUGCCGAAGUUCAAUUAGUUAAACAUUUAAUGACAGGACAAACUGUAGAGAAUCAAGAUCCAGAGUUAAUAAAUUCUUUAAAUGAGGCCGAAAAAUUGGCCACAAAGGUUUGUGAGAACAAAGACGAUUUUGAAACAACAUUUACUAUGUUUAUAUCAGAUAUUUGGAAAACAGAUAUAAAGCCAAUUAGUACACCUAGCGAAGAUGAAGCCGAAUUUGCAUCACUUCGAACAAAUUAUCGAUGGGAUUGUGAAUUGGCUAUGGGUGAUGUCCUUCUUUUCCGAUCCGUUUUACAAGUUAUCGGUGGUAGCGAGAUUAAAGGCGCGUUAAAUUUACGUAGAGCAUGGAAAUUUUACUCCAAAGUUAGAGAUGAAAUUGAUAGAAUAAAAGGAGAAACAAAUAAAAAUUUACAGAAAAAUGAAUCUAGCAGUGCAAAUAGUAAUCGAUGGAGUCUCGGAGGGAUAACUAGUAUGGUUAGAUUUGGUGGUCAUACACAAGAGGGAUCCGGUGGUGUAAAUGACACUGCUCCUGGCUCGUUUUUGUCUAUGCUAAAAGCAUUUGGGUUUAACGCUGAUCGAGUGCAAGCUAUUCACAUGUUGGAAAAUUGCUAUUCUCGUGAUAGUACUCGAGCUCCUUUUGCUGCACUAUUUCUUCUCAUAAAUUACCUUUUCUUACCUCGAGGAAUUGCUGACGCUACACCGUCAUUAACCAGAGCUGGUAUUAUUGCAAAGGAAUGCGUUAAUAAAUACCCAAACAGUUCACCAUUCUUAUUUAUGGCUUGUCAACAAGCUCGUAAGACAGGCAAUAUUAAUGAAGCAUUAAAUUAUAUAGCAACUGGUGUCAAAAGUUGUGAAAAUGUUAAUGCCACCAGUACACACUAUCGAUUUGAAAUGGGGAUGACAUAUUUAAUAAAUUUAGAUAUUUCAGCUGCCAAAGAAAUAUUUGAAUUACUUUUUUAUGGUAACACUAUAGUUUUCACAGGACAAAAAGGAUCAAUAAGACUUCAAGGAUCAAUGAAAGAUUCUACUCGUUUUACAUCCCGUGAUGGAAGUACAAAAAAAGAGAAAGCUUUAUUACAACUUUUUGAAUUCGAAUUAAGACCAUUUUGUGGACUAUGUUUGGCAGGAUGUUACUUUAUGAUUAAAUCAGGAGGAAAAUUUAUAACUAUGGAAGCAUUAGAUGUGUUAAAACAAACUCAAGCAAUGACUAAUCCUCCAGUAGAGAAUAACAGUACUAGUAUUGCUGGUAGUAUUGGGUUGUUAGGAACUAACGCAAGUGGGUUUGUAGGAUUUGGAAAUGGAACUUCUAGUGAUAAAAAAGAACCAAAGGCAAAUCGUUAUAAUAAAUUUGCUGGUCGUUAUUCUGCCAAUAUUAACAAAAAUUCGGGUUCCCCAUUCUUGAUUUUCAUCAUUCUGUAUCUUCGAAGAGAUAUUUUCUACAUGUCUUUGGAAUUAAAAAAAAGAUGGGCAAAUAUGUUGGAAACAAUAUGGAUGGAAGUUCCAAAACCAACUGAUCCAGAUAUAAAUGCAGUUUAUCUACUCAUUCGUGGAGUGUUUGAAAAAUUCCUUAAUAAUGAUCCUACAGUUGCUCAAACUACAUUUAAUGAAUGUUUAACUUUUGAAAUUGGAAUUUUUAAUGAGACUUGGGUUAUCCCUUAUUGUAAAUAUGAACUUGGUGAACUAUUUUAUAAACAUUUGGGAGAUCAAUCAUCGGCCAUGGAACAAUUUAAAUGGGUAUUAAAAGGUCCAAGACCAACAUCUCGUGGUAUAAUGGCACGUCGAGAUAGUAAUGUAUCAUUAACUUCAAAAUCAUCAUCAGAUUCUAAUGUAUCUGUUCAUAAUAAUCCGGAUAAAUUUAAAAAAUAUGAAUUUGUUAAAGUUUUAAAACAACGAUGUACCAUAGCUAUUGAACAAAUUCGUAGUGGAUUAUUAUCACCUACGAAUGUAUUAACAACAACAACACCACAAUACUCAUCUUUGUCACAAAUACGUCAUAAUAGAAAAAAGAGUGAUUCGAGUUCAAGUUUAUUAAAAGAAGUUCAACAACGACAAUUAGUUCAAACAACUGAAGAAAAAAUUUUGACAUCUACAGAAAGUUUUGAAAGUAAAAGUAAUGUUCAAGGAAAUAAUAGUUUGGAUGGAAAUAUUAUUGAAGAUGAAGGAAUUUUAUUUAAUACUAAUAAAUUUAAGAAAAAAAACAAAGAAAGGAGUAGGAGUUUAUCACAACAUGAG